CAGACAGCUACGCAGCUACCAUGCGCACAGAACGCGGGAGCGAAGGCUAGUCGAUUUGUGGCUUGUCAGUUGUCAUGUCUCAACGCAACAUUCAGUCAGUAAGAAUGCAAGUGUCUAGUGCCUGAAUGUUCGAUAAAAAUGUUGGUUCGAGGAGUAAUAUAUUGUGUUUCUGCACUUUACAUCAAUUGAAUCAACUUCGUAUAACACAUAGAUACUAACUAGAAAGAGAGAUGGCAGAUUUACAAGCCACCAUUGAAUUGUCUGUGGAACUUUCUAAAUUCCAUAACAUUGACUUGUUUCAAAGAGGAUUCUACCAUGUCAGGAUGUACUUGAAGCUACCACCAAGAUCACCUUUUAAAUAUGAUGUCACGUUACCACAGCAAUCAGAUAUUGAGAUGGUUACUCCACCAUGUAUAUAUGAGAAUGUUGCUGUUAGCAAAACCUUCCAGAUACUAUACAAGAAUGAAGAAGUGAUGCUCAAAGAUGUUGCUGUGUUUAAAGUAUAUUUAUUAGUGGACAGUAACAAGAUUGAGGAGAGUAUAAAUUCCACCGAUAUCCAACUUGUUUUGGAACUUUAUUUUAGCUGCUCGGAUGAAGUGCCUACGAGCCCGGACAGCUUAGAACUAUCAAGCACACGCACGUUGAGGUUGCACAUGGAUGCUGCACGCGGAGUUCACGCGCACGCAUCAGUUUUAUUUGAUUACUUCCAUCUGUCUGCUGCUUCCCUUACCGUUCACGCGGCUCUUUUAGGAGUCAACCAAGCCAUGUUCAGUAUUCCAAAACCAGUCAAGUCUGGUUUCUUUGGUAAGUUUUCCAGUUCUGCGACAUCACCAACCAGGCAAGUAUCAAUUCCAAGUCUGGAAACAGUGUUGUUUGGCCCACGAAACAAGUUGCCAGAAGAAGUGGUUGAUGACUGCCCAUCACCUGAGGCGAAGAAGCAGGCUCUGCAGGUGUAUCGUAAUGUGGUCACAGCUCUGCUCAAGUCAAAGCGCCACCUUGCAGUCAGCUUUAACCACCUAUCAUCCUAUUUACCAAUGGAACAGAGAAUGACUUUAGAUGAUUCAGACAGUGAAGAGAAACUUGAAAAUAUGUGUGAAGUUGUCCAAAGUCUUGAAGGUAAGGAGGACAUUGUGGAAGCUGUUUGCUCAAGUUUUGGCCAGUUGUCCGGUGAAGUGACCUUGACUUGGACCCAAUACCAAGAGAUAAUGGUCAGCAACCAACGCAUUGUAGAACAUCUCCGAGACAAGUACCACCAGAUGAGGAUACAAAGGUUUUCCGAGUUCUUCUUCACCACUUCCCGGCCAAAACAAAUGGCACUGUCCCUGGAAGAACCUGGACAUCAGAACACCAUGGCAGUGGUCAGAUGUUCUGAGUAUUACUGUAAGUUACCACCGCUACCAAUCGAGUGUGAGGAAACCGACGGCAGAUAUGAGAACCAGCCAAUCGUAUUUGAGGAAAAGUACUUAGAGUCUGUAGCUUUUGGAAGAGGUCAUGUGAUUUCUGCUGUGGAUGUAAAUGUAAAUUUGAAUGACCCUGAUUCGUCACCAGAGGUAAAAAAAGAGCCUAUUGAUGACCACCAAUCCGACACUCAGAAACCGUCCAAAGACAAGUCUAGGAGUGUGAUAGGAAGCCUAAGAAAAACCAUUCUACUCCAGUCAUGUCGUGGAGGGGAAGUAGCCAAUGAGUAUCAAGAGAAUAUCUCACAUGACCACUCCAAUCCUAAUGAAUCUUCCAUGUCAACGUCUGUGUCGCUACCUAGUUUACUAUUGGACAAUGUGCCCCGCAACAUGGAUAAGGUAGAUGAGAAUGUGGAAACAGGGCCUUGCAACAUGAAUACUCAGAUUAAAAGAAAUAGUAUAUGUAGGUGUGAGCCUGCACAGGCAAACUGCAAUGAUAGACCUAAAGAAAAAAAGAAAAGUGUAUUGCGACAACUUUCUGGAGGGAGACUCAGGUUGAAAUCAGGAUUUGGGUCAAAGAGCAAAAAUAAAAUGAAACAUGCAGUUAGUUUAGACGGUCUUGAACGGUUGAGUUUUUCGCAAGAUCGCUUCGAUUCGCAAGCUUGCCUGAUCUCUCCCUCGCAGACGAUCACUCCCAGCGAUGAUGGGAUCCAUGUAAGUGAUGUCUUCCUGUCAUUGGUCAGUGAUGACUGCCCCAGUAACCAUGACAGCACUUUGAACUGUGACCUCACUUUACCAAAGAAUGACACUCAGGAAAUGCCAAUCACCUUGAACGCCCAGAAUUUAGACUCGAACAAUCUGGAUGAGGAGGAGCAGAAAAUUAGCUCAUGUACGGGUAAACGGAACUUUGUCACGCAGGAAUUAUCAUCCGGUGACACUUCUUGUUCAUCUUGCUUUCCGUUUAUUAGUUCCCCGGAGGUUAAUAAUCAUGCACAGCCUUGUAUAGUAAAAGAAAGACACCAUGGGGAAGCGGUUGUCAGCCAGUCCACAGCAGUGGCAGUUGGAGAAUCAAGGAAGUUACAUCCAGAUGCAAGGUUGUCGCUGAUAAUGGAGGACCGGCGCCAGAAUGAUAUAAGCUUCGAAUUUGCCAAAGAAGAUAUAAAACGCAAAAUUAGGACGACUCCAUUUGUGCUAUACAGCGAUUUGCCAGAGAAGGCGUCGACUCUUCCAUAUUUUAGCAUAGUUCCCGAUGUUGAAUAUGAAGAUGAAGCAAUAGACGUGCACUUGGUCGUUUGCGUACACGGUUUGGAUGGUAAUCGUGCUGACUUACGAUUGAUACGUACGUACAUCGAACUCGGCUUGCCAGGAGAAAAGUUUGAAUUUCUUAUGUCAGAAAGUAAUCAAGGUGAUACUUUUGCUGGAUUUGAUCAAAUGACAGAUCGGUUAAUAAGGGAGAUUAAAAACCAUAUAGAAGUCUUCAGGUUAAAGCCUAACAGAAUUAGUUUUAUUGGACAUUCACUAGGUACAUUGAUAGUCCGGUCAGCACUGUCCAAGCCUGACUUUGAACCUUGGCUGGACAAACUAUACACAUUCUUAUCGCUAUCUGGCCCGCAUCUUGGACAACUGUUCAACAGUAGCACUCUAGUCAACACAGGGAUGUGGUUUAUGCAGAAGUGGAAAAAGUCAUUUUCUUUACUUCAAAUGACUUUGAAGGAUAAUCCUGACCCCAGACAGACAUUCCUGUAUCAAUUAAGUGAAAAACCAGGGUUUUCUUUGUUUAAGAAUGUCCUUUUGGUUGGCUCAUCUCAAGAUCGCUACGUUCCUUUGCACUCUGCGAGAGUUGAGAAAUGCAAGGCAGCGGAAAAAGACAAGUACAUCUGGGGAACUGUGUACAACGAAAUGCUGACAAACAUCAUGAAACCAAUAGUUGACAAUCCAAACGUGGAACUUGUGCGGUAUGACGUACACCACGCGUUACAGUCGUCUGCCAAUUCUCUUAUAGGCCGAGCGGCACAUAUAGCAUUCCUAGAUUCCGAUCUAUUUAUUGAAAAAUUUAUGAUGGUAACUGGAUUAAACUAUUUCAAGUGAACCAAUGAGAUUGAUUGAUAUGAAAUAAUAGCAGAGAAGAGCAGUUCUUGCCACAAGAUCUGUAGAGGGCAGUCUUCAUAUUA